CUCGGUACUCGGUAGGGAGAGAUAAACCAUCGUGGAAAUGGAGAGCAAGACGAUGACAUCAACAAGGGUUAAUUGUGCCUUUCCGUAAAGAAAGAUGAAAAGUCCAUGGAUGAAGAAAAAGCAAGACCAUAACGUCAACCAAGUUGGAGGCGGGAAUGAGUAAAAUAGGGUGAAAUUCAGGAAAGAAAAAACAUAUUUACUGAGCGAAAAUUAACAGCCACGGGAAAAAGUCAUUUUAGGAUUUUGAUUUAAAGUUCAGUUAUUCUGGAAAAUAGUUUAAUGCUUUGGGUUACUUUAGGAAAAGAAAAAAGAAAACUCAUGUAGUGGCGCGUGUGAAUCAAAUGAGCAUACAUAAUAGAGGAGCACCAUGUGCUGCUGCUUGUGGCGGAAAAAAAGAAAGUCGAUGUGAUUAAAGAUGCCUGUCAAAGUAGCGUCCUCGUACAGAGAUCGAACGAUUGAGUUCGCCAGUGUAGCCGAGAAGCUCAAGAAGUCCUCACCGUCGUUAGCUUCGCCGCCGAAUGCACCGAACGGCGGUAGUAUCGCCGGCGGCGUUGGCCCCGUUGGUGGUGACCUUAUUUCCUCAGCUCAGCCACCGACGCGGAUCGCGUCGCCGAUUCAAUCGGAGUUCAACAAGAAGGCCGGAAGGAUUACCUUGGGGAUCCAUCAGACCUCUCAGAAGCUCUCUAAGCUUGCCAAAUUGGCAAAGAAAAAAUCUGUUUUCGAUGACCCAACUGUGGAGAUACAAGAGUUGACUGCAGUGAUCAAGCAGGACAUCACUGCUUUAAACUCGGCUAUAGUAGACCUUCAGCUCCUCUCCGACUCCCAAAAUGGAGGACAUUUGUCUAGUGAUAGCUCUGCUCAUUUGACGACAGUUGUUGAUAAUUUGAAGAGUAGCUUGAUGAAUACAACAAAAGAAUUCAAAGAAAUCCUCACUAUGAGAAAUGAGAAUCUCAGGAGUCAUGAGAGCAGGAAACAACUUUUCUCUUCUUCUGCUUCAACAGAUUCUAAUCCUUUCAUCCGACAACGACCAUUAGCAACAAGAACAGCUGCUAGUGCAGCAAUAUCUCCACCCCCAUGGGUCAGCGAGGCUGUUUCUCAAAGGAAGACGGAUGGCGGUGAAUCGCAGCCGCUAUUACAGCAGCAGAGUCAACAGCAGCAAAUGGUUCCAUUACAGGACAGUUACAUGCAAAGCAGAGCAGGAGCCCUUCAAAGUGUUGAGUCUACAAUUCAUGAACUCGGAAAUAUUUUCACCCAAUUAGCAACCAUGGUUUCUCAGCAAGGUGAACUUGCUAUCAGAAUUGACGAAAACAUGGAAGAUACACUUUCAAAUGUGGAAGGGGCACAAAGUCAGUUGGUGAGGUAUUUCAACAGUAUCUCAUCAAACCGAUGGUUGAUGAUCAAAUUAUUCAUCGUAGUCAUAGUCUUCCUCAUGGUAUUCUUAUUCUUUGUCGCCUAAGGACUUCUUUUGGACUUACAAUGUAGAAAAUUCCUAUAUUGGUAUACACCCCUAUAGUUGCAAUGUUUAGCCAGCUGGAUUGAGCUCCCGUCCUCUCUGAUCCAUGACAAUAUAUCUUUUUUCAAAGACAUUAAUCCAAUACCCCCAUGCUUCGUAGAGAUGUUCAAAUCAUCUCGAAGUUUUUAUCAAGUUUUACUUCCUGUAAAGCACUGAACAAGCUAUACCUUCCAGACUUCCACUUCUGUAUAGAUAGCUAGCUUAUCCUGUCACGUUUUUUUUUUUUUUGGAAAGGUUAUCCUGUCACGUUAUUCAUUUGAUUCAAACUGCAGUCUCCUACAUUUUGUCAGUUUAUUCGAUGAUUGAUUUUUGAAACUGUUGAUGUCUUCUACCAGCGUAUUUCAUUAUUUGGG